GACCUGGACACAAUGGGGUCUGGGAGUCGGGCUGGGCGGGAGCGGGAAUCCAGCCCCCCACCUCGCCUUCCCCGCCGGGACCCACAAGAGCAGGUUAGUGUACCAACCUUGGGGGCCCCUCCGGGCACCGGGUCCCCACGCCGCCCCCUCACCCCGGUGCCCUUGCCCGAUGCCCCUAAAGUAUCCGCGAACCCCAGGUAAUUCCUUUCCGGUAGAACUGAGACCAAACUUGGCGCACUCACACCCAACUGGGCUCGUUCUGGGGGCCUGGGGGCAGGGGGCGGGGGCAGGAGCCUGGGGCAGGGCCUGGGGCUGGGGGCUGGGGCCUCGGGUUGGGGUUGGGGCUGGGGCUAGGGGCAGGGGCUGGGGCAGAGGCUGGGGCAGGGCCUGGGGUUGGGGCUGGGGCUGGGGGUGAGGCCUGGGGCAGGGGCCGGGGUCUGGGGGUGCCCCUGACCCCGCGGGGCCCACAAAGCUCCCGCUUGUUUGCCCGGCGCCCGGGAUACCGAUGGGCCCCGCCCCGGAGUCCGGAGUCCGGAGGCGGGAGGCGGGGCGCUCGGCGGCCCGACCGAGCCCUGGGUGGAGGGGGGGGCCGCUCUUCCGUCCGCAGGUGCCGCAGGCCCGAGCGCCCCGCCGCGCCCCAUGGGCUCCGACGUGUGGGUCGGCCCCUGGCGGCCGCACCGGCCCCGCGGCCCCAUCGCAGCGCUGUACCGAGGCCCGGGCCCCAAAUACCUGCUGCCCCCGAACACCGGCUACACCCUGCACGACCCGUCGCGACCCCGCGCCCCGGCCUUCUCCUUCGGCGCGCGCCUCCCCCCGCCGCGGACGUUUUGCGGCCCCGGCCCCGGCCACCUGGUUCCCGCUCGCAUGACCGUGCGCGGCCCCGACGGCAGCCCCGCCUACUCCAUCCACGGCCGCCCGCGCCCCGCGGCGCCCCUCCUCACUCCCGGACCGGGCAGGUACUUCCCGGAGCGAGCUGGGAACGCGACGUACCCCAGUGCGCCUCGGCACAGCAUCGCGCCCCGCAACUGGGGCGCCCACGCGGAGCAGCAGACCCCAGACCCCGGGCCCCUGCGCCUACCACGUGGUGAGCCCCGCGAUCUACAAGACCCGGGCCCCCCAGUUCUCCAUGCUGGCGCGGACCUCGCCCCCCCGGGACAACAGCCUGAAUCCCGGGCCUGCGGCCUACAGCGUGGACCAGCACCGGAAGCCCCGCGGCUGGAGCUUCGGAAUCCGGCACUCGGACUACCUGGCCCGGGUCUUGACCGACGCGGACGACUGACCAGGCGGGCGGGCCCCACACGUUUGCAUAAAGCCUCCCGAGCCUGCAGCGCGUGCGCCCCUCUGUUCGCCGCGGGCGCGCGGGGCGGGGGCGGCGCUUGGUCCCUGGGGUCCCGGCCCGCAGCCGGCCCGCCCAGCCCCGGAAGGCACGCGUUGCCGUGAUUGGUGGCGCGGCAGGGUCGUCCCGCCCCCCCGCGGCGGCCAUUGGCCCAGAGCCCCGCCCAUCCGGGCUGCCCCGCCCCUGCCGUCCACCUGCGGCCGCAGGCCGCCUUUGGGAUCCGAGAGGGCGACACCGGGGAAGAGGAGCGGACACGGGAGGGCGGGGCCGGGCCAAGCGCUCCUGCCGCAGAGACACCGACACAGGGCGGCGGCAGGUUCCAGCGGUAUCGCACCCCGCAGGCCCGGGGCGAUGGAGCCACAGGCCCCCCCCCCCCGGGCGCACCCGCUGACCUCUCGCGGGUAGAGCCAGAGCCCGAGCGACUCCCGGAGCUGAUCCGCCUGAGCUAGGCGGACCUCGGGGCGCCUCUGACCCUGGGGCCCCCACUGUCAGUGGCCCCAGGAGAACCCACCACUGUGGAACCCCCCCCCCGUGUUGGCUACACCCCUGUAUCUCAUGCCCCCGGGCCAUGCCACUGCAAGACCUGGGUCUGCAGAAGACUGUGGCACUGGCCUGGGCCAAGUCUGAACAACAGCUCAGCACUCAGAGCAUUCCACAGGAGCAGUGGCGGACAAGGUCACCCUGGUCCUCCUACCUGUCCUGGCUGCCUGUGGACUGCAAGGUUAGAAGAUGCCUCCUCUCCAGCCCAGAACGUCUGACCCAAAGAGGUCAGCAGCCCACAGGCUGUUUCUAGUUUCAGCCUGGCCUAGACGGAGUCCCCAAAGGCAGACCCCAGGCUUCUGACUCCCAGGAUGGAACUGAAGGUUCCCCCUCCCCAUCAGCCCCCAUCACAGGACCAAGUUGUCCAGCUUCCCUUUCAGUACCCCAGUCAGGACUCCCAAGGGAAGAGCUGGGUAUUCCUCUCCCUUGGUUCCCCAGACUUGUGUCCCUAGGAAUGGGUACUAGCCUCUUCCCUGUCACUCCCCAAAUCAAAUGAGGACAGUUUCUUUUCCAUUCCCUCUCCACCAGCCCUAUAUCCGCUACAACUGCUUAGAACUCCAGCUGAAGUCCUAACCAGGGAAAGUAAGGGGAGAUGGGAAAGUAGAGGAGUAGCUGCGCAGGUGUACUCAGGUACCUGCCCAGCAGGUACCAGGGAUCAACAGAUGGGGAAUGGGAAAUGGGGUGAGGGGGUGCAACCUGGACAAACUGGAUUCCAUUUCUGGAUUCACGGUCAUCUAGAGCCCGGAGCAGGUACAGGUGGGCUGACUGGUCACUGAUCUAGGUGCCUGAUAGUAGUACUGGCCGGAAUCUCUGAAGGAUCAUAACCAGGGUCGGAUAUUAAAGUUAUUUAUGAGUCAUUGAUGGUCACUGAACUUGGAUCAUCAGUGAAACUUUGGAGUCAUUAAUAGAGAUUUGAUCAGAAUCACUGUUUGGCCUCUAAUCAACCAUUAAUGGGCCAUAAGACAUUGAUGAGUCAAAUCAAUGAUGAGUCAAACCAGUCAUUAAUGAGGACUCAUCAGAAUUGUUCAUAAGUCUGUGGUCAUGGUCUUGGACACCUGUUGCUGAUGAACCUCUGAUCGGGGUCAGUGAAGGGGUCAAUGAAGGUCACUGGGAGCCCUGAUGCAAGGGAGUUUGGCCAGACAUAAGGGCUGCUGGAGGCAGUGGGUCACUCUCCUAUGGGUCAGGGCAGGAGGCCGGUUCCCGCAGAUGGACUCCUGUAUGAAGCCAGAGGUGUCUGCCUGCCAGUCAUCAUGGGUAACUUGACCCCAGACUCUGGGUCUACCGUUUGCAUAUUAAAGAUGCCUGACCUCUGACCCCACAAAGCCUAGGUCCUCUCAUCAGGGGACCACGGGACCUCCCCCAGACAGGUGAUCCGAAGCAACACCAGGGUCAGGGGCCCCGCAUCACAACACGCCUGACCACCAGGGCCGGGCUGGCUGUUGGUCGAGUGUACCACUCUAUCUGGGUCCUGAUUCCAAGCCCCAUGUUGGGUGUAGAGAUUACUUAAAAAACAGAACAAGAUGCCUGACCACCAACUCAAGAGGUAACCUAACAUCCCCACAGUAGGGAACCUGGUCCUCCAUGUCCAGCGUCCCUGACCCAAGAGCAUCCCCCACAUCCCCUCCCAGGAAGCUCAGGCCCCUCACCACCUGCCGCCCCCCGCCCCCGCCCCAGCCUCCUCUACCAGUGAGAAGCCGCUGCUGGUGGACCUGCAGGCCGGGGAGCCCGGAUUCCCUGGCCACGCCCGGGCUGGCAGGAGCGCCCGUGAGCACCUGCCCGUGCCCGCUGGAGCCCGUGCGGCCUCUCCGUCGGGCGGUCUCCUAAUGGGAGCUCUCCUCUCCCCCUCGGAACUCUGGCGGGCUGGCCUCACACGCCCCUCGGGAGCUGGACGACGGCUCAGCCCCAGGGCCUCCGGGUGCAGACUGACCAGUCCUGGCCCGGGCCUCGGCUCCGGGACCCCCGCGCCAGCGGAUAGCGGGCGCCCGGAGACCCCCGUCCCUCCCGGCAAGCCCGGCCCCUUCCCUGAGUUCCCAUUCCCUGUCCCUCCCGUCCUCCCCCCGGCGCCUCGGGCCCGCUCCACGGAGCCCGCCCGGCCGCCCCCGCUGGCUUGCAGGGGGCGUCGUGUCCCGGACCGCGCGCCCAGCCCCGCCCGACGCACAGCUGUGGAGCGGGAGAGCGAGCCCGGUGCCGGCGGGAAGAGCGCGGGGAGGGCGGGGUGGCCCGGGCGGGAGCCAGCCUCAGGCGGCGCCCGUCACU